AUGACCCCGUCGGCCCUGCCCUCCUCGCAGCAGUCCUUUUCGAUGAGCAUGAGCCAACCAUCGCAACCGAGGCACUCGGCCUCGUUUCACGCCAGCUUCCAUGGCGCCACCGACGGGCCCCAGAUCUACUCGGCCUCCUAUUCCGGCGUCGACGUCUACGAGAUGGAGGUCAACAGCGUCGCCGUCAUGCGCCGUCGCCAAGAUUCCUGGCUCAAUGCCACCCAGAUCCUCAAGGUGGCCGGCGUCGACAAGGGCAAGCGCACCAAGAUACUCGAAAAGGAGAUCCAGACGGGCGAGCACGAAAAGGUCCAGGGCGGCUACGGAAAGUACCAGGGCACCUGGAUCCAGUUCGAGCGCGGCGUCGAGGUCUGCCGCCAGUACGGCGUCGAGGAACUCCUGCGACCCCUCCUGACCUACGACAUGGGCCAGGACGGCGGCGUCGCCGGCCAGGGCGACUUCAACACGCCCACCAAGGAGCAGGCCAUGGCCGCCCAGAGGAAGCGUCUCUACAACUCGACCGUCGACGGCCGGCCCAACGGCCUCUCCGGCACCUUCUUCAAGAACAUCUCGAGCACCGCCUCGCACGCCGUCGCCGCCAUCAGCAAGGCUCGCUUCGAUUCUCCGGGGCCGAGGAACCGCGACGGCCCGACCCGACCGCCCAGCUUCAGCCGCCAGUCCUCGAUGCAGCAUCAGCAGCAGCAGCAGCAGCAGCAGGCCGAGUACUACCCGGCCGACUCGCAGCAGAGCUACGCCUCCGACGGCGGCCACCCGGCCGACUCGACCUACUCGACCCAGCGGAACGGCGGGCCCGUCCUGGCCGAGGCUGAGCCCCCGAGGAAGCGCCAGCGCGUGGCCAUGACGCCCUCGGACAGCUUCGGGGCCUACGGUCCCGCCAUGGACGUCUACGGCACCGCCUAUCCCGGCUCGCCGACCGAGCCCAACGAGUCCUUCAUGUACACCCAGAGCACCGUCCACGACCGGUCCGGAGCCGCCGACGCCGGCCACGGCCCCGUCCCGCCUCUGCCCUACGACAUGUCGGCCGACGUCGAGACGAAGCGCAGCAUGCUCAUGACCCUCUUCAUGGACGCCGCCGCCGCCGACGUCUCCAAGCACGACAUGCUCCGCACCCUGUCGCCUCACGAGCUCGACAUGCCCAUCGACCCGCAGAGCCACACGGCGCUCCACUGGGCCGCCACCCUCGCCCGCAUGCCCCUUCUCCGCGCCCUCAUCGCCUCGGGCGCGUCGCCCUAUCGCGUCAACGCCUCGGGCGAGACGGCCCUCAUGCGCGCCUGCCUCGUCACCAACUCGAUGGACCAAGGCUCCUUUCCCGACCUGCUCGAGGUUCUCGGCGGCACCAUCGAGGCCCGCGAUCAGAAGGGACGGACCGUGCUGCACCACAUCGCCGUCACGAGCGCCGUCAAGGGCCGCAACGCCGCGAGCCGCUACUACCUCGAGAGCCUCCUCGAGUGGGUCGUCCGCCAGGGCAGCGUCCCCAGCAGCCAGAAUGCGCCGCCCAACGGCCUGCCGAGCGGCUCGCAGCCGGCCGUGCCCAAGAUGGGCAUCGCCCGCUUCAUGAGCGAGAUCGUCAACGCCCAGGACAGCUCCGGCGACACGGCCCUGAACAUCGCCGCGAGGAUCGGAAACCGAAGCAUCAUCUCCCAGCUGCUCGAGGUCGGCGCCGACCCCAACAUCGCCAAUCGCGUCGGCUUGCGGCCCCUCGACUUCGGCAUCGGCGGCGACAACCCCGACGAGCAGGCCCACGGGGAGGCCACGGCCGACAAGAUCGUGCCCGGGUCGAGCCAGCGCACCCGGGAAAGCAGCGACGAGAUCGUAGCCUCCAUCACCCACCUGCUGAGCGAAACGGGCGCCGCCUUCCAGCAGGAGAUGAAGGCGAAGCAGGCGUCCCUCGACACCCUGCACGCCACUCUUCGAACGACGUCCACCCAGCUCGGCGACGCCCGUCGCAACCUCGAGCACCUCACCGCGACGGUCAAGAAGCAGCAGCUCGCCCGCCAGAUGGUGGCCAACCUCGCCCACGCGCGCGAGGACGAGCAGGUUCGCCUCAUGAACGAGCAAUCCCUCUCCUCGCAACCGAACCCGUCCUCCUCCUGGGAGACCGAGCUGGCCGCCAUUCUCGAGGCUGCCGUCGAGUCGGGUCCCGGCGGCGGCUUCGAGGACAUGCUGCCUUCGUCCGUCGUCUUGCGCGCCCGCAUCCGCGCCAUGGAAGGCCGUCGAGACGUGACGCGCAAGAUGGUCCAGGCGCUCAAGGGAAAGAGUCGGGAAGUCGAGGUCAAGUACCGCCGCGUCGUCGCCCUCUGCACGGGCGUGCAGGAGUCGGAAGUCGACGCCGUCGUCGACAGCCUCCUCAAGGCCGUCGAGAGCGAGAGGGACGAGCUCGACAUUGGCCGCGUCAGGAGAUUCCUCGGCGGCGUCGAGGGCGUCGUUCACUAG